GCCGUGCGCGGGUACGAACGUGUGCAGUGUUCACGCGGUAAAAAUAUCGAACCAAAAAGUAUUUGAUCGAAUUUAAAAUUCGAAUACGACAAGUGUUGUGACAGUGAUUAUUGUGGAAGUACUAUCUGUAAUUAAAUAAUUGGUACAAACAUUGAAACGAUCUUAUUGAAUAAGAUUGUUACGUAAAACUCUAACACGUCACACAAAGAUAAUAUCAGUAACCUACAAACUACUAAAAUCAAGAUUGGAUCAUGACAGAUUAGGAGUGACCACAGACGCAAAAUUAAAAAUGUUGCGGUUGCCGCGCAUUUGAAAAUGACAGGUCACUGACACAGAUUCAAAAUGGCGCAUAAACUAAAGAAUAAUCACUACGUCGCUACCCAUCGGUCUGGCGUUGAUUCUCCUUCGUCGGGUGGAUUUCCGCACAGAGCAUCAUCACGGGAUGAGAAUGACAGCCAUCGGGCGCCCUCAGAGAGGACUUUAUCGGAAUAUACGGUAAUGGACGAACGCACGCGCUCACCGUCUGAGCGUAAUGGUAGAAGACAUACCAAUGGCUCACCAAGGGCUGACUCUGCUUCGGAAGUUUACGUCACCAGCGCUGCUUACAGACCACCUUCGGAGAUCAGUCGACAAUCUCGUGCGCCAAGGAGUGUGUAUUCAUAUAGAAGUGGUGUGGCGCCAUCUGUCGCGUCUACACAUCGCUCCAAAGUCUCCCGAAAAGCUGGAGUAAAAGUGGACGCUAUGGCCGCCCCAAACCCAUUUUGUCCUAACGUAAAGGGUAUGUGCUGUCUGAUGCUACUUCUGAACCUGGGAUUGAUCCUUGUCACGCUGGGUUUUGUCAUAGUACUGCAGUUCUUUGAACCAUUGUUUGUUUGGAUCCUGGGUAUAAUCUUCCUUAUAUUUGGAUUUAUCACACUUGUGGGCAGUCUUAUAUAUUGCGUGGUGCUCUGUCGGGAGAACCCUUACCCGCAGUACCCUGACGACUUCUAUUGGACCCACCACUGGUCCAAGACCAUAGGGCCUUCGGAGAUACACUACAGUGCGAGCGAGAAACCUUACAGACACGAUAGAUAUAAUAAGUAUAACGGUAAAUACUCGGAUAGGGAAAGUGCUAAAUUUUCAGAUAGAGAGAGUAAGCUAAGUAGGUAUUAAGAUAACUUUUUUUUCAAGCACCCUCUUAUUCAUAAAAACUAGUCUACACUAUUUUAACUAUAUUUAUAGAACGGAAAGAGAUGUGCCUAUAGGUAAGUUAUUAGUCGAAACUUAGACGCACUAUAACAUAGUAUCGGAAUUCGAUAUACGGAGUUCAUACUUAGCGCUAAGGAUGGACUCACCAUUGUGAUUUUAAGGCCCUUUAUUAAGUUUAAAUAAUUAAACAUAAUUUCAAGUAUUAACAAAAAUAACUAUUUCGUAAACCCAGAAUAGUUGUUAUACAAAACAUUUGUAUUAAAUAAACAAUAUUCAACAAAUACAAAAUGUCAUUUGUUGUUACGCUUGUUACACACAAGCUUUCUACUCUUUCUCUAUUCGGAGAUUAUACUGUCGUCCUGUUUUGACAUCUGACUACGACAGUUUCCUUACAUAAUACUUUAUUGAUAUUAAAAUAGUAUUAGAUUUAGUAUGAAUAAGGGGGUGAGACAAAAAAAGGACCCAGUCUUUAAGUCGCCAUUUUGGCAUUAGGAACGUCAUUAAUCGGUAUGAAUGGCGCUUUAGUUUCCGACUUCAAUGUUGAGUUAGACCGCUACGCUGUUACCGUGUCCUGUCUCGGGUUUGCUGGUGGCGCCGUGAAGUUUUAGUGGGUUACAGAGUAAGAUAAGAGUGCACGAAAUUAGUCUUUAAAUGACUUAAUAUCCUGCGAUAGACGCCAGUUAAUUCUACUGUAAUCGACGCGCAAAUCAACAAGAUUUGUCCCUAAUUUUAGUAGGACGUAAAAAUCUAUUCGUGGCUUUGUCAAGUGAAAUUUUUGGGGCAGGGAAAUUUUGUAAGAUUUUAUGCAUUUAUGCAGAAUUUUUACAUUUUUAUCUCGAAUUACUCGGGAGUUAUAUUUUUGAUACUUCAAAAUGUAUGGACAUAAUGAAUAUUUUAUUUCGAGAUGUAAAAAAGCUUUACUGACAUAUGUACUAACUUAGUUAUAAGAUCGAACUUGCAAGAAUUUACUUUGCUAGACAGAAAUACUUUAGAGGCGUGACCUAUUAAUUUUAUAUUACAAGGACACCUUUAAAAUGUCUAACCCCAAGUUGUAAGAUUUAAACCGCUUACGAGAAUUCUAAAUAAAAAUCAAACAAUCUAGCAUAUAGGAAUAAUUUUUGUCUGUGGUCUUUCUUUAAACACGACAAUCGUUGUAAGUCCUCUAAAACCCAAUCUAUUUUUGACAAACGGGAAUCAUAGUUCGCGCCAAGUCUAGUUCCUGAAUCUAAGUCUAGUAUAAAGUUUAAUUUAAACUAUUAUACUAAAAGAUGUUAUACUUUUUAUUAUAUAUAAACUAUGAGAUUAUUGUAUUUUUAUUUUGAAAUCUCGUAAAACGGCGUCUUAAUUGCUGUACUUUGUAACUUUGAUGGUCACGGUCUCACGAAAUUAUUAGUACUAAACUCAACCAGACAAUUUAAGGAAAAUAUAAUUCUAUAAUAAAACACGAACUAAAUGUCUCCAAUACAGCCAAACAAGUAUCAGUACUAAAUGUCUUUUACUUAAUGCAAUUUACAUAUUAGUAAAAUGAAUUCUGUCAUAAUUUAUCGUAAAUAUUAUUUUUCGAUAUUAUGUACUUAAAAAUAAAUGUAAAUAAUAAUACUAAGCAUAGAAUUGCCAUAUUAAUGUUAUUUAUGAGCGCAUUGGUGCUAAGUCUGUGACGUCAUGUUUAUGCGAAUAAAAUAUUUAUGUAA